ACAGCACUGGCCCGGAAGGUCAUCGACUCGAGGAACACACACAAGAGGCAGUGGCAGUGGAAAGGAAAGGAAAGGAAGGCAACCACAGCGGAAUAAUUAUCAAUCCCACUUGGCGGGUCUUGCUUCCUCCCACCGGUGCCCUCCCAAACACUUUCUUCCUCUUCCCCCCCGCCGCCGCCCAUUAUUCAAAACCCGUGUGGCUUCCCUCUCGCCUGCCACUUUUCUCCUACCUUCUCUCCCUCUUCUCUCGUCUUCUUCCUUUCUCCUUCCCCCAUUACCUCUUCCUCCUCUUCUUCCUCUUCCUUCAACAACAGCCAUUAGGCAUUCGGUGCGACCUGGGCAAAGUCGAAUUCAACCUCACCUUUCCCCCUCUCCACCACCUCUCGCCUGUGUUCUGACUGUUUGAAUUUCCUUCGUGCUUCUUCGUCAUGGCUUACGGUGACGAUAUCAUUGGGGACCGCAAACCCCAUUCCGCGAUGGAUUAUGAGAAUGAGAAGAAGGGGGACCUCUACUCCCCGCAGUAUGAGGGCGACAUGGUCGACAAGAUGAGCGACACGGAGCGGAACAUUGUCGAGGCUGGCAUUCAAAAAUACAACCGUCUGGGCUGGAAACGCCUGACGGUGGUGAUGAUUGUCGAGGCCAUUGCCCUGGGUAGCUUGUCGAUUCCUUCGGCGUUCGCUACGCUGGGGAUGGUAGCUGGUGUCAUCACCACGGUUGGUCUCGGAUUUGUUGCCAUCUAUACCAGUCACGUGAUCGGUCAGGUUAAAUUGAAGUUCCCGGAUAUUGCGCAUUACCCCGACGCUGGCCGCCUAAUGUUCGGCCGUAUUGGUUAUGAGAUUAUCUACGUCAUGCUCGGCCUGGAGUUGCUAUUCCUGACCGGCUCCCACUGUCUGACCGGCACCAUCGCCUUCAUUGACAUCACUGAGAGCAGUGUUUGCUCGAUCGUGUUUGCGGUCGUGUCCGCCAUCAUCCUGCUGCUGUUCGCCAUUCCGCCAUCUUUCGCCGAAAUGGCCAUUCUGGGUUACAUCGAUUUCGCCUCGGUCAUCAUCGCGAUCGGCAUUACUAUGAUCGGCACCGGGGUGGAGAACACCAACCAGCCCGGCGGUCUGUCGGCUGUGAACUGGUCUGCGUGGCCCAAGGAGGAUAUCAGCUUCACUGAUGCUUUUAUUGCCAUCACCAACAUUGUCUUCGCCUACAGUUUCGCCCUGUGCCAGUUCUCUUUCAUGGAUGAGAUGCACACGCCCAAGGACUAUAUCAAGUCGAUUUGGUCCCUGGGUCUGAUCGAGAUCUUCAUCUACACCUUGACCGGUUCCAUCAUCUAUGCUUUCGUUGGUCAGGAUGUCUCCAGCCCGGCUCUUACCUCGGCCGGUCACCUCCUCAGCCGUGUCGCCUACGGUGUUGCCCUCCCCGUCAUUUUCAUCAGUGGUUCGAUCAACACGGUGGUGCUGGGUCGUAUGAUCCACGGUCGCGUCUUCAAGAACUCACCCAUCCGCUUCAUCAACACCAAGAUGGGUUGGAUUACUUGGUUGGCCGUGAUCACCAUCAUCACCAUUGUUGCCUUCGUCGUCGCCGAGGUGAUUCCCUUCUUCUCCGACUUGCUCUCCAUCUGUUCCGCCCUCUUCGUGUCCGGCUUCACCUUCUACUUCCCUGCGCUCAUGUGGUUCAUCCUACUCCGCGAGGGCAGCUGGUUCACGCCGAAGAACAUGGCGUUGGGUGCUCUCAACCUCAUGUGUCUGUUGAUUGGACUGAUCACCCUCGGAGCGGGCACCUACGCCAGUGUGGAUGAUAUUGUUGCCAACUACCGUCAAGGCACUGUGCGUGGAGUGUUCACCUGCGAGGCUCCCAACUAAGCGCAUCUUCUCUCCAUUAUUUCUGCUAGCCGUCUACGCAUAGAUUAGCGUUUUCAUUUUCAUUUCCAUUUUUUUUCUUUGACGUUGCAGGCCCGGGGCCUGUGGCGACGUUGCAUGGUUUGCCGUGAAUACCCACUGCGAGAUGUAUAUAUACGUUUGACAUGAUUGUGAAUAUGCCGCAUCUGAUGUAUAAUAU